UAUCAUUGCAUUCUCAGUAAAAGUAUAGUAGAAGGCAAUUAAGAAUGAAGUCUCAAGGUGUUUUCAUUUUCCUUGCCCUUGUUCUUCUUGCGUGUUCGACUUUCGCAGAGGAAGCCAAACAUGAAACAUCAGAUGAUGAACUGAAAGGAACCAUGCAAGGGGGCCAGUGCAGAUACAGAUAUUGCUGUGGCGUAAUGGGUCCCAAAGGGUGCACGAGAUAUUGUUGCAGGGCAGAUGAUGAACUGAAAGGAACCAUGCAAGGGGGCCAGUGCAGAUACAGAUAUUGCUGUGGCGUAAUGGGUCCCAAAGGGUGCACGAGAUAUUGUUGCAGGGCAGGAAGCCAAGUCGAGCCAACCCAUGAUAUAGAUAGCAGUGGCGCUGCCGGUGGCGCUGGUGGUGCUGAUGGUGGAACUGAAUCGCAAGCGGAAACCAAGAACUAGUUGUAAUUAGUAAUAGCACGCCAUGCAUCCGUGUGUAUAUGUGCGUACACACACACGUACGUAUGUCUGUAGUAAUUGAAAUAAAAGGAUCGAUGAUGCAUGGUUGUUGUUAGUGUUUUCCAAAUAUAAAUAAGAACGAAUGUUCUCUUAAUCUGAUCAAA